AUGCCUUCUUCGGUGCCCUCCAAGUUUCUCCUCCUUUCGUUGACUCCUUAUCAUUCUGUUACUAUGAGCUCUGUUUUGUGCUUUGGAGUCUUUGACUCGACAAGGAUGAUGAGAACCUUACUUCUACUCAGUAUCAGCUGGUGGUCUUCAUUAUGUUCUAUAUGUGGUUUACUAGUUCGGUUGACUAGUUGUGUAACAUUUCUUGGCUUGAAAGUCUUCCCUGGUUGUCUUCUCCUUCUCACCAGUUUGUUUAAUUGUCAACAGACACCAGUAUUCAGUCUUCCCUGGUUGUCUUCUCCUUCUCACCAUGGCUUGUCACUCAAGAAGUUGACUGUUUCAUGGGCGGACGACCUCUAUGAUGAUCCUUCUCCCUCCAUAGCUUCUCACACAAGAAACAAGAAGCAGCAAUCCAAGAGCAAAGACAGCCAUAGGAAGACUGGAAAGAAGUGA